UCAAUAUAUUAUCUAAUAUAGAUAAAAUGCCAAAUUUCUUGUUUGAGAAGUGACGUUGCCUUGGUAAUCGCGUGGUAUUGUUUGAGGAAAUGAAAGAGCGGAGUAAAGCAUGGCUGUUCAACGCUGGGCAGACACUCUGAGGAAAGCCAAAAAAACCGCCUUAAUAUCCGAUGGUAAAAGGAAAGUGCAUUAUCUGUUUGAGGAUGGAAAUGAGAUGGCUGAGGAGUAUGAUCUAAAAACAGAUGAACUUCUCUUGCGUAAUUGGCGUUGUAAAACCACUUUUGGAGGGCAGGGGCAGUGGAAAUUGGAAGUUGGCGAUAUAAGCCCAAACCCUGUUACCACUGAUUUAAUUAAAGAAAACGGUUCAAAUCCACUGUUUAUGCGCAAAGACACUAAAACCAGUUACCAGUGGAGGAUCCGUAAUAUUUCUUACCCUACUGAAGUCUACAGUGUGUCAGUAGAGCCGAUGGAAAGAUGUUGUGUCAUCCGGACCUCAAACAAAAAGUACUAUAAGAAGUUCAGUAUUCCAGAUCUCGACCGUUGCCAGCUGCCUCUGGAGAGCACGGCCUUGAGCUUUACCCAUGCCAACAACACCUUAAUCGUCAGCUACAAGAAGCCCAAAGAGAUUGUAACACUGGAAAAGGAGCUGGUUGGGGAACUGAAGAAACUGAAGGGGACAAAUGAUGGAGAUAUUGACUGUAAAACUCAGUGAACUGCAGUGGAUUUGCACUAAUUGUAUUUGUCUGCAUGUGGUUCUUCACGUUCAAUUUGGUUCUAUGUCUCAUGUUGGCAUGUUUCUGUCAGUCCUGUGCAUCCAAGCAACUCACUUUAAAUUACUUCUCUCUAUUGUUGGUCCUGAUUUCAGUUGAGAUUCUCUGGCAGCCCAUUUGAGUGUCUUUGCAGCUGUUAUUCAGAAGCGUGACUGAGUGUAAACAUACAGUAUAUAUAUUUUUUCUGUUCUGCUAAAUGAUGUUCCUAAUAUUUCUCUCUGAGUUAGAUCGUUAAUUUAAUAAAAAAAAAAUACAUAUAUAAAAAUGACUAUAACAAGUUUGUACGUUUGUUUUCUAUACAGAAAUGUCAAAUUUCUUGGCUAAUGCCAAGUUUGAGAAUACUGCUCUUUGUCCUUGUCUGUGAACUUUGAGGCCAUGAUAGUGUAUCCCUAAAAGGAUACACUAUCCUUUUUUAUUUUAUUUAGCAGAUAUACACAUUUAAAUGUAAACCAUUUCUCUUCCGGGAAGAUGGAGCAAAAAUAUUGAUGGCUUAUCGUGCACUCAUGGACAUAUUAAAAUAUUAACCCUU